AAUUUAUCUCAGUAAAUAGAGAAGUAUGCGCGGGUCUUUUACUCUCUCUCUAUUUUCCGCUGAUAUGAAAGUCUCUGACUGAAAACGGUUUAGUUGUGCCGCGAAGCUGGUGUGACGUGUCACGAACUGAAUUGUUCGUAUCAAUUUAAUAACAUAAACUUUUAUUUACCUAUGGUGAAAAAAAAUAAUUGACUUAAGAACACUAAAAUAAUUUUAGUUAUUUGAAAAUUAAAAAAAAAAAGUUUGUUGCUCUUGCAAUCAGUAAACAAUUAAAUUGUUAAAAAUAGUUCAGAAUAAUGAUAAAAAUGAUUUAAUAAUUGAAUUAAAAUAAUGAACGAGAUACAGUUACAUUACAACGUAAUGUGUGGAUAUUAAAAAUAAAUUAGAGAAAACAAAAUAUAGUACGAAAAUAAAUGUGCCAUAGGUGUGGAAAUAAUUGUGAAUUGCGGGAUGCUUUACACUGUUGAAUUAUCAUCAAGAAGUACGAAUUUGAACUUUGCAAGCUCAGCUGUUUCACUUGGCACCCUAUGGUUAUUCAUUAUCACUCGUUUCUCCAGGUCUCUGUGGGUGUUACUGUGCCUCUACUGACAAUGAAAGUGGAUCUGUGUAACCUGGCAACACGCUAAAGAUGUAAAAUAAUGUUUUUCACCCUUUUGCCAUCGCGACGUUGAAUUAUUAUCGUCAUUAUUUUUUUUUGAGAUGCUAGAGCACUGGAUGGCUAUCAACGAUACAGACACAAAUAGUAGCAUAUUAGAAAUAGAAGAGGUCAUAGAAAAUCCAGAUUCAGCGAUUUUAUUCGGUGAUUAUCCUCAAUGGCUUCUUUAUUUCGCUGCCGGAUGCUGCGUCCUCUUCAUGUUUAUUGGCAUACCUGGCAAUCUCAUCACAAUCGUCGCACUCUUCCGCACAAAAAAGAUGAGAAAUGCAACAGCCAUAUUUAUAAUGAAUCUAUCGAUAUCGGAUCUCAUGUUCUGCUGCUUCAAUUUACCUUUAGCUACAUCUACAUUCUGGUAUGGCUCGUGGACUCAUGGACCACUUUUAUGUCGACUAUUUCCAUUAUUACGUUACGGUCUCGUCGCCGUGAGUCUUUUUACGGUACUGGCUAUUACAAUCAAUCGAUACGUAAUGAUUGGUCAUCCUCGAUUAUAUCCAAAAUUAUAUAAGCCAAGAUAUUUAAUAUUGAUGGUAAUAGCAACAUGGAUAUCCGGAUUCGGUGCAUUAGUGGCAACUUGGUUCGAACGAUGGGGACGAUUUGGUUUAGAUCCACGCAUUGGAUCAUGUUCAAUAUUGCGUGACAUCAAUGGUAAAUCACCAAAAGAAUUUUUAUUUAUACUCGCAUUUCUUACACCUUGUAUUGCAAUUGUCGUUUGCUAUGCAAGAAUUUUUUACAUUGUACGUAAAACUGCUAAAAAAAGUCGCAGACGUCAAGAAGUUACAACGGAUCUCGUUAAAGCAACAAUUGAGGUUAAAUAUACAAAACAUUUUGAAGACUCUGCAUUAGGUUCAAGUUGUGCUGGAACAGGUACAUCAGAAAAUACUGGGUCUCCAUUGAAAAAUGAUAAACUUCAUCAUAGUCAACAAAUUAACACUUCGUUUUAUUUUAUUUCCGAUAAUGAUAACGAUAAUAAUGACAUUGAUAUUAAUGAUGAUGAUGAAGUAAUUGAUAAAAAUGAUGAUUUGAAUAUUGAAAAAAUAACAGAAUACGAUAAUAAAAAUAACAGUAAUAAAAAAUGUAAAAAAAAUAUUUAUACUGUUUCAGUACCAAAUUUUAAUUUUUCUGAUGUUGAUUCAUCAUCUUCACCAUCACAAAAUAAAUCAUCAUCAUUAUCGCAUGCUGAUAUUAUUAAUAAAGAAAAAAUAGUAGCAAAUAAAUCGAUAAUAUUAAAUAAUGAUCGGUGUUUAAAAGUACCAAGAGAUUUUAUUAAAAAUUGUGACCAAUUUUCACCGCGUAGUAUAAACCCACAAUUAUUAAAUUCAAAUAAAUAUGAUGGUUCAGAUGUAUCUGAAGAAUUUGUUAGUUCACGUUCGGAUUCACCAUGUGAUAAUAAACGUAUUAAUAAUAGUAAUAUAAAUAAUAAUAAAAGAGGUAGUAUUUUUCGACGCGAAUUACGAUUUCGUAGUUUUAAAACUCGCGGUAAUGAAUCGGGUAAAAUGUCUGCUAAAGAUAAAAAAUUAUUAAAAAUGAUACUUGUUAUAUUUUUGUCUUUUGUUAUUUGUUAUUUACCGAUAACGAUAACUAAAAUAUCUAAAGAUAUUGUUGAUUGGCGCGGUCUUAAUAUUGUCGGUUAUAUACUUAUUUAUUUAACGACUUGUAUUAAUCCAAUUAUUUAUGUUGUUAUGAGCUCUGAAUACAGAAGUGCAUAUAAAAAUGUUUUACUUUGUCGAGGUGAUUCAUUUUAUGAUUCGAAGAAACGUGGCAAGUAAAUUAUUAUUAUUAUUUUUUUUUUAAUUAAUUAAAAGCAAAACUGUCAUCAAAACUACAUCUAAAAAUUUUAUUCAUUUAUUAAAAAAUAUUCUAUCAAAUUUUACUAUUUUUAAUUUAAAAAUACUUUAUUCCUUCAAUUUUAUUAAAUGUAUUUAUUAAAAAUUACAAUUACAGUUUAAUUAUACAAUCCGAUUUUUGAUUUUUCGUUAAAUGAUCUAGAAACCAAGCCAUUAAUUUGUUUUAAUUUGUAAGAUCAUAAUUUUUUGACAAAAAAAAAAAAAUAAAUAAUCAGGAUUUGCUGUUUUAACUAAAAAUUUAUAUGUUCUGAUUUGUACAAAAUUUACAACGAAUAAUAUGGUAUUUAAUAUUUUUUCAUACAAAAUUUUAAAAUGAUUUCCAGUCAGUUAUUUUUUAAAUAAUUUUUAUAAGACGUAACCUGACACUUGUCUUCGUUUUUUAGCAAACAUUUAUCGUUGGCGUUAAAUAUUAUGAGCUUUAAUCACAGAUGUGAUUUCAGACACUAAAAAAUUUGGGGAGUGAACGCGAAGUGAAUGCGGAGAUCAUGGCUGUUUAUUUAUUUAAUUCCCUCAGAGUGAAAUUCAGUCCAAAUCAGAGUUUAUUUUAAUAUUAAAAGUCCGAAUCGGAGUGAAUGCGGGUUUAAAUAAAAUCCAGAUCACUCCGAAAUCACUCCGCUGAACAGACAAACCUUAUAUUUACUCUGUAUGCGGAGUGAUUUUUUAUUAAAACUCCAGAACUCCAAGUGACGGAGUGAAUUCGGAUUUAAAUAAAAUCCGUAAUCACUGCAAAUUCACUCCUGACUUUUUACAAUGUCAUUAACAAUUAUUUUAAUCAUUAAUUCCGAGUAAUUAAUAACUGGUUAAUUCAAUUUAUUGCUUUUGAUAAAAUUAAUUAUGCUUUAAGUAUUUUAAAUAGAGUUUGAGAAGAAAAAAAUGUGUAUAAUAUUUUGAUCUCAGAUUACGGCUUCUAGGCCAAAUUAAAGUCUUUAGAUUUAAUUUUUAAUAGUUUGAGACAAAUUAAUUAAUACAAAUUUUUUAUCUCCCACCCUAAAAGAAAAAGAAAAAAAAAUGAGUUACAAACUAAAAUUUUUGAAUUUAAGAAAUUUUAUUGCCCAGAUCUGAGUUUUUUUUACUUAAUUAAAAAGACUGAAUAUUUGUAAAUAAAUAAAAAUUAGAUUUUUGAAAUUUAUUUAUUGAAUUUUUUUAUAAUUAAUUAAUUAUUUAAUUUGACUUGUUAAUUUUUAUAAAUAAAAAAAAAAUAUACAAUGAAGUCAAAGAGUAUAAUUAUUGAAUUUUCAUAAUUUUUUAUAUUAAAUUUACAAGUCGAGACAUUGUUAUUAUGAUAUAUUCAUAUAAGUUAAUUAUUAUAAAAAUAAUAGUGGUAGUGAGAAUUAAAUCAUAAUUGCAUCUAUAGUGACUAUUAGGGUGGCAAUUGUUUAUCUCAUUUUUUAAAUUUAUCAGUCUCA